CUCUUCUCUCAUUCAGAGUUUAUUUUUUCUUAUUUUUGUUCAGUUCAGACCUCCAACAGCAAACAACAAACAGUUUCAAUGAUGUACCAUCCAACACCAAAAACCCCAUCUUCCAAAUAUAAAACUGUAGUAGCCCCUCAACCAAAUGAACGUUUCGGUUCACAAAUCUAUGAAAACCACCACCGUGUUUGGCUAGAACCUUACGAUACCCAACCAGCCUCCUCCACCACCACCAUGAACGAAGCUACCUUAAACGCUCAACAUAUCCCUUACAGAGAUUUAAACAUGAUUAACUUUGAGUACGAUGAAGAAGAUGAUACAAGCGUAGAAGUUGUUGAUCAACAAGAAGAGAUGGAAAGAGAGAACGACGAAAGAGAAUACAUGUUCGAGAAACCAUUAACACCUAGCGAUGUUGGUAAGUUGAACCGACUCGUCAUACCUAAACAAUAUGCUGAAAAAUAUUUUCCACUGAGUGGUGAUUCAGGAGAUAAAGGGUUAUUACUAACUUUCGAAGACGAGUUGGGUAAAUUUUGGAGAUUUCGUUACUCGUACUGGAAUAGUAGUCAGAGUUAUGUAUUAACCAAAGGAUGGAGUCGUUUCGUUAAGGAAAAACAUCUCGGUGCCGGAGACAUUGUUUCAUUUGAACGUCGUCGGUUUGAUGUACAGAGACUAUACAUUAGAUGGAGACGUGGUGGUUCCAUGCCUGUGCAGGAUAACGGAGUGGGUCAGACAGCGAUAUCUUCUAGUGCUCCUCCUAGUAAUAGUAAUGCAAAUACUACUACAGGUUCGUGGACAAGGCUCUUCUACUCUGCGCAUCCUUAUCCCUCGCACCAUCUUCAUGGGCCAGACUACUACCAACCUGAUCACUGUCUCCAUGCAGGUUAUGCAGCAGAAAAGGUAGUAGCUGAAAAGCCAAAGGCCAAGCAAGGUAACUCCAAGCGACUUCGAUUGUUUGGGGUAAACUUAGAUUGCCAACUAGAUGAACCAGAUGUCUCGCCUUUCUCGAACCCUGUUCCAACACAAGUCGUAUAUUCACAUGGUGAUGGUUCAAACCACAAGGAUUAUAACUACUCAACAAGUCUGAAUCAGAGAGGAAAUGCUGGAAGAGGAAGUGGAAGUGACCUGUAGUUAAAGAGACAGCCGAGUCUUUGUUUAAACACUUGAGAAGAAGAACAGUGAUAUUCAGAGGAAUUGUUCAGCUGAAAGGAAUUGAAGUAAGAAUAGUAAGAGUAAAUGCAAAGAAAUGAGGACACACAGAGAAUUGUGUACUGUUCAGAUUCUCCAGGGUGAUCUCUAUGUCUCUCUUAGAGAAUGGACAAUUGGAAGGGAUAACGCCAUACCAGUUUGCCAAACCCCACCAUCUCUGUCUCUCUAUCUCUCUAGUGUGGACUGGAGGAGAAGCAAAUGGUUUUACCUUUAGGAGCCUCAAAAUGUGUAUGUCAG